UGUGGGGAGUGUGGGCGAGGCUUCAGUCAUAGGUCACAUCUCAUCAUACACCAAAGGAUACACACAGGAGAGAAGCCCCAUGUUUGUGGGGAGUGUGGGCGAGGCUUCAGUGAGAGGUCAAAUCUCAUCACACACCAAAUGAUACACACAGGAGAGAAGCCUCAUGUUUGUGCAGAGUGUGGGCGAGGCUUCAGUCACAGGUCACGUCUCAUCAUACACCAAAGGAUACACACAGGAGAGAAGCCCCAUGUUUGUGGGGAGUGUGGGCGAGGCUUCAGUCAGAGGUCACAUCUCGCCAAACACCAGAGGACACACACAGGUGAGAAGCCCCAUGUUUGUAGGGAAUGUGGGCGAGGCUUUAGUCAGAGGUCACAUCUCAUCAUACACCAAAGGAUACACACAGGAGAGAAGCCCCAUGUUUGUGGGGAGUGUGGGCGAGGCUUCAGUCAGAGGUCACAUCUCGCCAAACACCAGAGGACACACACAGGUGAGAAGCCCCAUGUUUGUAGGGAAUGUGGGCGAGGCUUUAGUCAGAGGUCAAAUCUCAUCGCACACCAGAGUACACAUACAGGAGAGAUGCCCCAUGUUUGUAGGCAGUGUGGGCGAGGCUUUAAUCAGAGGUCAAAUCUCAUCACACACCAAAGGAUACACACAGGAAGAAGCCCCAUGUUUGUAGGCAAUGUGGGCGAGGCUUCAUUCAUAGGUCAAGUCUCAUCAUACACCAAAGGAUACACACUGGAGAGAAGCCCCAUGUUUGCAGAGACUGUGGGCGAGGCUUUAGUCAGAGGUCAAAUCUCACCAAACACCAGAGUACACACACAGGAGAGAAGCCCCAUGUCUGUAGGCAAUGUGGGAAAGGCUUCAGUUAUAGGGUAUUACAAGGUGAAACCUGUGCUGAUCUCCUGGUUGGAAGAUGGAAUCCUGGAGAGGCUGCCGAGAGGCAUGUUUGCAGGAAAGGAAGAACGAUCAUCGAUGGCCAAAGGCAGCGGCAGAAGCGACACCUAG